UUUGGAUAAAUUGUGUUGAAAAAUCUUUUUCAUAUAACUGCUUAGUUAAAUAUGCUAUAUAGUCAUGAAUAGAGAAAGUAGGUUAUAUUAAAGUGUUACUUAUUUACUGGAAAUUACAGACCACUAUCUAGAUAUCAAAAAACUGAAGUGUAGAAGAAAAUAAUACCAGUAGCUUGUUUUUGCUGAAAAUAAAUAAAAACAUAUUUUGCUCUAAAGAACAUGGUCAUUUAUGGUAUUUACAUUGUGUCAAAAUCUGGAGGAUUAAUAUUUAAUUAUGACAAUGUAGUUCCGAAAAUUGAAACGGAAAAAAAAUUUAGUUACCCAUUGGAUAUAAAGUUACGAACAGAAAAUAAAAAGAUUGUCGUCGAGUUUGGACAAAAAGAAGGAAUUCAGGUUGGUCAUGUUUUAAAUGCCAUAAAUGGUAUACCAGUUACCGGCCAUCAAAUGGAUAAUGGACAAAGUGCAUUAGAAUUCCUUGACAAAAAAGAAAAUUAUCCAGUUACCUUACAAUUCGGAAGGCCGAAAAUGACUACAAAUGAAAAAAUAUUUCUGGCCAGUAUGUUUUAUCCAUUGUUUGCAAUUGCUAGCCAGUUAAGUCCUGAACCGAAAUCUUCUGGAAUAGAGGUUCUUGAAGCUGAUACAUUCCGAUUAAAUUGUUUUCAAACUCUUACUGGUGUCAAAAUUAUGAUAGUAUCAGAUAGGGCUCAAAUAGGAGUGGAGAUAUUACUUAAACGCAUUUAUGAGUUGUAUGCUGAUUAUGCUUUAAAAAAUCCAUUUUAUUCUUUAGAAAUGCCUAUAAGGUGUGAAUUAUUUGAUAGUAAUUUGAAAAAUGUAUUAGAACAGAUAGAAAAAGUAGGUAUAAAUAAUAUAUAAGCUUUCCUAGUAUUUAUAGAAGCAUUUAAGGAUUCUAAUAUACACUGCUGGCCAAAAAUUUAAAACCAUCUUAAUUAAACUUAAAUCAUCCAAUAAAACACUGAUUUUUCAUCAAA